CCCUAGAUUUUUCCCUCUAGCUGAGCAACAGACACGCGGAGAAACAUGCCUGAGCAAAGCAAUGAUUACAGGGUGGUUGUGUUUGGAGCUGGAGGAGUGGGCAAAAGUUCUUUGGUCUUGCGGUUUGUGAAAGGCACUUUCCGAGAGAGCUACAUCCCUACUAUUGAAGACACCUAUCGACAAGUGAUUAGCUGUGAUAAGAGCAUAUGCACUUUGCAGAUAACUGAUACUACAGGGAGCCAUCAAUUUCCAGCCAUGCAACGUCUUUCUAUUUCUAAAGGACACGCUUUCAUUUUGGUUUACUCUAUCACCAGCCGUCAGUCCUUGGAGGAACUCAAACCGAUCUAUGAACAAAUAUGUCAGAUUAAAGGAGAUGUAGAAAGCAUUCCAAUAAUGCUGGUGGGGAACAAAAAUGAUGAGAACCAAAAUCGAGAGGUGGACAGCAGCGAAGGAGAAGCCAUGGCUAAGAAGUGGAAAUGUGCCUUCAUGGAGACCUCUGCUAAGCUGAACCACAAUGUGAAAGAGUUGUUCCAAGAAUUGCUAAACCUAGAGAAACGCAGGACUGUGAGUUUACAGAUCGAUGGCAAAAAAAGCAAGCAGCAAAAAAGGAAAGAGAAGCUGAAAGGCAAAUGUGUGGUGAUGUGAAAUUGCACUCUCAGAAGUCAUUCGUGCAGUCUCACCUCUCUGACAAUACCCAUGUAAAACCUACAGACAGCAACCAACCAUGCAAGACCCUAUUUAUUAGUGUUUGUUUUAAAAGAAAUAUUUGGAGUUUAAAAAAAUAUUAGUUACUGCGUUUACGAUGAAAAAAGCCAACAAUUAAAAAUUUAUGUACUCUAGCUAUGAGU